CAAUCCUCUGUAAUUCAAUAAAAUAAACAAGCUGAGAAAGAAUGGCGGCUGUUAGAGUGCAAUCCCUGGCGGGAAGUGGGAUGGAGAGCAUACCAGCUGAGUUCAUAAGGCCACUACACGAGAGGCCCGGGGCCAACACAGACGGCCCUUCUGUGAAAGUUCCACUCAUAGAUAUCGCCAAUUUAAGUGGUACUACACACCAGGGCCUCCGGGAAAAGACCAUAGCAGACAUAGGAAAUGCUGCUAGUGAAUGGGGUCUUUUCCAGGUGGUGAAUCAUGGAACUUCAGAAGAACUCAUCCAACGCCUUCAGGGCGUUGGGAAGGAGUUUUUUGAUCUUCCGCAGGAGGAAAAGGAGAAGUAUUCUAACAAUUCUGCGGUGGGUAUUAUGGAGGGCUAUGGCACCAAGCUGGCCCAUAAUAUUGAUGGAAAGCUGGAGUGGAUUGACUACUAUUUGCAUAUGUUGUGGCCUCCUUCCAGACGUGACUUCAAAACCUGGCCUCGCCAUCCUUCCUCUUACAUAGAGGUGAAUGAUGAAUAUGCUAGGGCGCUUUUACAAGUGGUGAACAAGUUGCUUUCAGCUUUGUCUCUUUAUCUUGGUGUGGAAGAACAUGCCAUGAAAGAAGAACUUGGUGGUGAAGAUUUGGAGAUGGAGAUGAAAAUAAAUUACUAUCCACCAUGUCCCCAACCAGAACUUGCUUUGGGAGUAGAACCCCACACCGACAUGAGUUCAUUAACCCUUCUUGUGCCCAAUGAAGUUCCAGGUCUACAAGUGCAUAAAGAUGGUCAUUGGGUUGGUGUAGAGUAUGUUCCCAAUGCUAUCAUUGUCCACAUUGGAGACCAAUUAGAGGUUUUGAGCAAUGGAAAGUACAAGAGUGUUUUGCAUCGAAGUGUGGUGAGCAAGGACAAAGUGAGAAUGUCAUGGCCAGUAUUUUGCACUCCUCCUCCUAAUAAAAUUAUUGGCCCAAUGAAAGAUUUGAUUCAUGACAAAAAUCCUCCCUUAUAUAAUGCUAAGACUUAUGCAGAGUUUAAGCAUCGCAAGAUUAACAAGCUGGAACAAUAAAAGUAAAUCUUCCAAUUGCUUUGACAUUUAUUCCCAUCUCAUUGUCAAUGCCAAAAGGUGAAUAAAAUUACAAUAUUCAACAAGGUGUAUUAUUCAUUUUGAAUUGAAUUAUCACUAUGAAAAGUUUGAUUUGUUUA